CUUUGCCCAGACCAAAACAAUAACAAACCUUCUCAUUUCACAAUUGAGUUUAUGAUUGUAGUCAUCAACGCAUUUUCUCACAUUGGUUAUCAAAAAUUCGAUUUCAUUAGUGUCGCAGAUACCAUAUUUUUAAACAAUUUUUAUCCAAAAGUCCAAUCAAAUAACCUCCCCGUUUGAAAAGAUGUCAAUCUUAACAGAGAUUUUGUCCGGUCUGACAAUAUGUCCAGCGCUGCUAAUAAAUGACAAGGCUGGUUCGAGUGGGAGAGAAAUCAUACUGGAGGAAUUCAUGAGAAAAUUUUCACGCAAUGGGACCAAAGUAGUUGUCCUCAACUUGAACCCUUUAACCUCGCAAGACAACUUCGACCCCCUCCAAAAUGUCACAACAGUGCCAGUGUUUCCAGAUUCCAAAUCGUGGCUUGAAUGCGGAUCAUCGAAUUUGGACCUUGUCAGUUUGCUUCCAACAGGUUCAAAAUGCGCAGUUCUAAUUGACUCGUUGGACUCAGCCUUGCUAAAAUUUGGGGCCAAAGACCUGUACCUUCAACUCAACAACCUCAAAAGCAGAGAUGAAGUGAUUCAACUAAUUUGCGUCUUGCAGGAAGAUAUUGCUGAUCAAAAAGAGAUAGCCGUGGUUAGACCCGUCUUUUCGACAAUAAUCUCGGUCUGUUCGUCCAACGCUCAAAUCAAGUAUCCAUCAUUCGAGUUGCAGCAUUACAAAUCAAACGGGAAAUAUUUUACUGAGAAAAGGAUUUUGUACAAAGACCCUGAGGGAAACUUGAAGAUACAGCCCAUCACCGCCAGCGAGACUCCAGCUGAGAAGCAACCGACCAACGUGCAUGAUAACAUCUCGACGUUUAGGCAUGGACUAAAUACAGAAGAAUUAAAAGCUAGGGAAAACUUGGUUCUGCCCUAUCAACGCAUGACACUAGACAAUCUGCCCCUACGAGGACAAGGAAAAAUUGAAUAUGAGCCUGAAGAAUCCGACACAUGGGAUGAAAUGGAUGAUUAUGAUCCAGAUGACGAUUUAGAAAUUUGAAUAAAAUGAGUAUAUAAAAACGCA